AUGUCCUCCUUCAACUAUUACUCGCUCCCCGGCUUCGGCGAAGAAUGCCGCGAAAAGUACGGCUUCAGCGACGCUUGCAUCAUCGGUGAGCGGCUGGUCAUCACCGGGCAGACCGGGAUAGACCCCCUGACCAGAGUCACUUCACCAGACAUCGAGGCACAGAUUGCCCAGGCCUUUCACAACAUCGAUGAGUUGAUCAUCCACACUCUCGCUCAAGCAGGGCACGCUACCAAGGACAAAGGGACUGGGUGGGAUAAUGUCGUGAAACUGCGCGCGUACUUUGUGGGCUUGUCGACCAUGCGGGACCAGGCGCGGCAACUGAUGGUCCAGUACAUCCGCCAGUGGUGCCCUCGUCAUCAGCCCUUGUUCACCAUGGUGGGGAUUGAAAGUCUUCCGUUUCCAGAGCACCGGGUGGAGUUUGAAGUCGAUGUCUGGAUUCCGUGA